ACCUAUGCUUGUCUUUGUCCCUAAAGACACCUGCCUGUGCCACAAUGCUGUCAUCCAGUGACUUUGCAUCUGCUUCUUGGGAGCUUGUAGUCCGAGUUGACCAUGAAAUUGAAAAGAAACAGAAAGACAUCACAUUGAGGGUAUCAGGGGACCUGCAUAUUGGGGGAGUGAUGCUCAAACUGGUGGAACAGAUGAACAUAGCCCAAGACUGGUCAGACUUUGCUCUGUGGUGGGAGCAGAAACGCUGCUGGCUUCUGAAAACCCACUGGACUCUGGACAAGUGUGGAGUCCAGGCGGACGCCAAGCUCCUCUUCACCCCACAGCACAAAAUGCUUCGCCUUCGGCUACCCAAUGCCAAGACUGUGCGGCUUCGAGUCAGCUUUUCAGCUGUGGUGUUUAAGGCUGUUGCUGAUAUCUGCAAAGUGCUGAAUAUUAGAAGACCAGAAGAACUUUCAUUGUUAAAGCCUUCUGGUGACUAUUCUAAGAAGAAAAAGAAGAAAGACAAAAAUAACAAAGAGUCUGCAGUUGAUGACGUCCUGAACCUGGACAGUUCUUCAACAAGCUCGGGGUCUCCAGUAAGCCCUGGCUUGUACAGUAAGACCAUGACACCCAUCUAUGACCCCAUCAAUGGGAUGCCAGCCUUAUCCACUAUGACUUGGUUUGGUGACAGCCCUUUGACAGAGCAAAACUGCAAUGUUCUGGCCUUCAGCCAACCUCCCCCAUCACCAGAUGUACUCGCUGACAUGUUCCAGCCUCGAUCUUUGGUGGACAAAGCCAAGAUGAAUGCAGGUUGGCUGGAUUCCUCCAGAUCCCUUAUGGAACAAAACAUUCAAGAGGAUGAGCAACUGCUGUUAAGAUUUAAAUACUACACCUUCUUUGACUUGAAUCCUAAAUAUGACGCUGUUCGAAUAAACCAACUCUACGAGCAAGCCAGGUGGGCAGUUCUCUUGGAGGAAAUCGACUGCACAGAAGAAGAGAUGUUGAUCUUUGCAGCACUACAGUAUCACAUCAGCAAGUUGUCACUGUGUGCUGAAAUACAGGACUUUGCAACCAAGUCCGAGGUUGACGAAGUGGAAGCUGCACUGUCUAGUUUGGAAGUGACCCUCGAAGGUGGGAAGACUGACAACACUCUGGAGGACAUUACCGAUAUCCCUAAACUUGCAGAUUACCUCAAAUUAUUUAGGCCCAAGAAGCUAAUGUUAAAAGCUUUCAAGCAAUACUGGUUUGUCUUUAAAGACACAUCUAUAGCCUACUUUAAAAAUAAGGAACUUGAACAAGGAGAGCCAAUAGAAAAACUGAAUAUUAGAGGCUGUGAAAUUGCGCCAGAUGUGAAUGUGGCUGGGAGGAAAUUCGGAAUCAAGUUACUAAUCCCCGUUGCUGAUGGUAUGAACGAAGUGUAUUUGAGAUGUGACCAUGAGGAUCAAUAUGCCCGGUGGAUGGCUGCCUGCAUCUUAGCCUCAAAGGGUAAAACCAUGGCAGACAGCUCCUAUCAGCCAGAGGUCAUCAGCAUCCUUUCGUUUCUGAAGAUGAAAAACCGGAACUCAUCGCCUCUGGUGGCUUCCAGUAUGGAAAGCAUGGAUAUGAACCCGGAAUGUUUAGUAUCACCUCGCUGUGCAAAAAAGCACAAGUCUAAACAGCUGGCAGCUCGGAUCCUGGAAGCUCACCAUAAUGUGGCCCAGAUGCCUCUGGUCGAAGCCAAACUACAGUUCAUCCAAGCAUGGCAGUCCUUACCGGAGUUCGGCCUCACCUACUACCUUGUGAGGUUUAAAGGAAGCAAGAAAGAUGACAUUCUGGGAGUUUCAUACAACAGGUUGAUUAGAAUUGAUGCCAUCACCGGGAUCCCAGUUACAACAUGGAGAUUUGCCAACAUGAAACAGUGGAAUGUCAACUGGGAAAUCCGGCAGGUGGCAAUCGAGUUUGACCAAAAUGUCUCCAUCGCGUUCACUUGCCUAAGUGCAGAUUGCAAGAUCGUGCACGAGUACAUAGGUGGCUACAUUUUCUUGUCCACCCGAUCCAAGGACCAAAAUGAAACACUUGAUGAGGACCUCUUUCACAAAUUGACUGGCGGUCAGGACUGAAGUGAAGCAGGCCUACUUGGCCUAUGUGGACCUAGGAGACCUUCCAGGAUGGAUAGGACCUGUGGCUCUCCUGGUGUGCAGAUUCCAGACUAACAGAUUCCAGACUAACACAAC